GCGUAUCGCUUCAAAGUGAUUUUAGGUUUCACUAGUAUCAAUUAAGUAGCUCAAAUCAUCGUGUUUUUUCAAGUUCAUAAAAAUCAACGAUUGACCUGUUAUAUUCUCCAAGAAGCUUGCAAAUUUGUCUUCCAUUAUCAUAGUUUUAGGUUUAAAGUGGUGAAGUCAAUCAUUAUUUGAUUUCUUCUUUAAUCUACAGCAUCCUUACAUAACAAAUCAGCGAUAAGCAACCAUGGCUAAACAUAUUCUCCAGCUCCCUAAAUACUCUAGAGUAUUACUGAAUACUCGACGCUGUUACUCGGAAGUCGGCUCCAAAGAGUUUCCCAAAAUAACCACACACUACUCGGUGCAUCCUCGUGAUAAGGAUCCAAGAUGGGCAGAGAUCGACAUGGAACGGUUUGCCGACGAGGCAGAUCUGCUGAUUGUUGGUGGUGGUCCCGCUGGAUUUUCAGCUGCUAUCCGAGCUAAACAAAUUGCCGCCGAAAAAGGACAAGAACUGCGCGUCUGUCUUGUAGAAAAGGCAUCUGAAAUUGGCGGUCACAUUUUAUCUGGAGCCUGCCUGGAUCCCGUGGCGCUCAACGAACUGAUUCCAGACUGGAAAGAAAAGGAAGCACCCCUGAAUACACCUGUUCAGCAUGAUAAAUUUUCUUAUCUAACCAAAGGUGGAAAAUUACCCAUUCCCAUUUUCCCUGGCUGGCCGAUGGACAACCGGGGUAAUUACGUUGUUAGAUUAGGUCAUGUGGUUGCCUGGCUGGGUCAGCAAGCCGAAGAACUAGGUGUGGAAAUAUAUCCCGGAACAGCAGCUGCCGAAGUGCUGUUCCACGAAGAUGGGUCCGUGAAGGGCAUUGCUACGGGUGAUGUCGGGAUAUCCAAGUCUGGUGAUCCGAAGGACACCUUCGCUCGUGGAAUGGAACUGCAUGCAAAAACUACAAUUUUUGCCGAAGGCUGUCGAGGUCAUCUUUCAAAACAACUUAUGACCAAAUUUGGACUGAAUGCUGAAAAUGAACCACAAACUUACGGUAUUGGUUUAAAGGAGGUGUGGGAAAUUAAACCAGAAAAUCAUAAACCUGGCCUGGUAGAACACACUAUAGGGUGGCCUUUAGAUAAAAACACCUACGGAGGUUCGUUUCUGUAUCAUUUAAACGAACCAACACCAGUUGUUGCAGUUGGGUUCGUAGUUGGUUUGGAUUACGUCAACCCAUACAUCAGUCCUUUCCAAGAAUUCCAGCGGUUCAAAACUCACCCAAAAAUCCGGGACGUUUUCGAGGGUGGCAAUCGAAUUGCUUAUGGUGCACGUGCUUUGAAUGAAGGCGGUUUCCAAAGUAUUCCAAAGCUAACGUUCCCCGGAGGCUGUUUGGUGGGCUGUGGGGCUGGAUUUAUGAAUGUGCCACGUGUCAAAGGAAGCCACUACGCUAUGAAAAGUGGUAUGCUGGCUGCGGAAAGUGCAUGCGAAGCUAUAUUUUCCGGAGCACCUCAAGACAAAGUUGGUCUCGAACCGAAGGAUUACACAGAUAGGAUAAAAGAGUCGUACGUUUGGAAAGAUUUGUAUAAAGUGCGCAAUGCUCGGCCUAGUUUCCAUAAUGCAUUUGGUUUGUUUGGUGGUAUUGCGUAUAGUGGGUUCACAAUAUUACUUGGUGGACGGGAACCAUGGACAUUGAGCCACGGUGCGGCGGAUAACACACGACUGAAACCGGCUAAAGAAUGCCAGCCAAUUGAAUAUCCUAAACCCGACGGAAAAUUGACCUUUGAUCUAUUGUCAUCGGUUGCUCUCACAGGAACAAAUCACGAGGGUGACCAACCCGCUCAUCUAACUCUCAAAGAUGAUACAGUUCCCGUCAAAAACAAUUUGGAUAUUUUCGAUGGUCCAGAAGCAAGAUUCUGUCCAGCUGGUGUUUACGAAUUCGUCCCUAAUGAGGAGGGUGGAAAUAUGAAGCUUCAAAUUAAUGCGCAAAACUGUAUCCAUUGCAAAACUUGUGAUAUCAAGGAUGUUACGCAAAACAUCAACUGGGUGGUGCCCGAAGGUGGCGGCGGUCCAGCUUACAAUGGCAUGUGAUCACUGACGGUCAUUUGCAAAGCAUUUUCCAACGCUUUGUUUGGUUUUUUUUUGUACUAUGAGGUAUAAAGUUGUAUAAAUUUUUAUAAACGAAGUCGAAAUAAAAAAAAUCGCGAACACUAAAA